AUGGACCCGAACGACGAGCAGCCACGACGGACGGGUUUCAGCCCGGACAAGGACAUCCUUCACGACGGCUGGACCGUCACACCAGAGCUGGCCGUGCAGGCCGUCCACUCGGCCGCUGCGGCCUUCCUGCGCUGGGAACAAAUCUGCUCGAGCGUUACUGGCUGCUGCUUCGCUUCGCCGAGCUCUUCGAGAGCCGUGUCGACGAGGUCUCGAUGUGUCAGAUGCAGGGAACAGAUGGACGACAAAGCUGGGUCCUGUUCACGGCCUGCAGACCUCAGGGCUCUGUCGGGAGGUCGCCGGCACUGUUGUCAGCGCGGGCCAAGGCGAUUCCCCCUCUUAUUGAGGAGAAAUGCAGCUGAUGCAGAUGAACGCGACGGUCGUACUCUCGUCCGCGGCAUCACCAACGCCCUCGCUGCGGGAUGCACGAUGAUUUGA